GGCAAAGUCCCUGCACUGUCACCUGGAGACUUUGACUACGAGAUGCCCGAGGAGAUUCAGGAGGGUGAAGCCCCGCUUGAAGACCUGGAGGAAGGCUACUUCGAAGGUGAAGAGGAGGCAGACUUCGUGGAAGAUGCAGAAGAGGAGCCCGAGGUGCACAGCGAGGUGCACAGCGACGCCACCUCUCCCGCAGUGGCCGACGAAGAAGCGCCGGAAGAAGCGCCGGAAGAAGCUCCGGCCGCGGAGCCGGUAGAGCCGGUGGAGGAACCUGUCGAAGAAGCAGCACCAGCAGUGACAGAAGAAGCACCAGAGGAACAGGA